CGAAUCAUUUCUCUUCCUCUUUCAUAGUCAACCCCUAGCCGAAGCUACCUGAUGUCCUUAGUCUAGGCCUUAAAAUACAACAAAAUGGGAUUUGUAAAAGUCAUAAAAAAUAAGGCGUACUUCAAGCGUUUUCAAGUAAAAUUCAAGAGAAGGCGUGAAGGAAAAACAGACUACUACGCGCGUAAACGGCUUAUUUGCCARGACAAGAACAAGUACAACACGCCAAAGUACCGUCUUAUUGUACGUAUCACUAACAAGGACAUAAUUUGCCAGGUAGCGUAUGCCAAAAUUGAGGGAGACAAGAUUAUUGCUGCUGCAUACUCUCAUGAGCUCCCCAAUUACGGCAUCAAGGUCGGGUUGACUAACUAUGCAGCGGCAUAUUGUACUGGUCUGCUGAUUGCUCGUCGUCUACUCACUGCUCUCAACCUACACGAAAUCUACACUGGAAAUGAUGAUGUGAAUGGAGAUGAAUUCAAUGUGGAAAGUGUUGAUGGCGCCCCUGGUGCUUUCCGUUGCUUCCUGGACAUUGGUUUGGCCCGUACCACAACUGGUGCCAGGGUCUUUGGUGCAUUAAAGGGUGCUGUUGAUGGUGGCUUGGACAUYCCUCACAGCAUGAAGAGAUUCCCAGGCUAUGACUCAGAGUCCAAGGAAUUCAAUGCUGAGAUCCAUCGUAAGCACAUAUUUGGUCAGCAUGUUGCUGAUUACAURCGGCAGUUGGCUGAAGAUGACGAGGAUGCCUACAAGCGUCAGUUUUCUCUGUUCAUUAAGGAGGGAGUUGAUGCUGAUAGUAUUGAAGCAUUGUACAAGAAUGCUCACAGUGCCAUCAGAGCCAAUCCUGUACGCAAGGAGAAGMCAAAACGAGAUGUAACCUCUAGAAGGUUUAACCGCAAGAAGAUGUCAAGGCAACAGCGUAAGGAUCGUGUGAAGCAGAGACAGCAGGCUUUUCUUCGUGCRAAGGAAAAUGAUGAAUAAGAAUCAAUAAAUGUUCUCUGAGCAACAUUGUUGCACAGAAAUUCAUCAGAA